AAGAACCAUCUCAAUUCAAAUUUGAAAUCAAUUUUAAGUCUCCUUACUCAAAGCCCAUAUGCAAUUCUCCAUGGAUUCUUCAUCUUCUUCUACUGUUUCAGUAAUGUUAGUAUCUGCUCUACUGCUUAGCUUCUUAAUGGUUGUUUCAGCUAGCAAUUUCUAUCUAGAUUUCGACACCUCUUAUGGUGGCAAUAGAGCUAAGAUCCUCAACAAUGGGGAGCUUCUCACUUUGUCACUUGACAAUUCUUCUGGGUCUGGUGUCCAAUCCAAAGGAGAAUUUCUCUAUGGUAAGAUUGAUAUGCAGGUCAAACUUGUUCCUAACAACUCUGCUGGUACUGUCAGUACCUACUAUUUAUCUUCAAAAGGACAAUAUUGGGAUGAGUUAGACUUUGAGUUCUUGGGGAAUCUCAGUGGAGAACCUUAUAUUGUUCACACCAAUGUUAUCACCCAAGGCAAAGGCAAUAGAGAACAGCAAUUCUAUAUGUGGUUUGACCCAACUGCAGAUUUCCACAAUUACUCUUUCCUCUGGAAUCCACAAUACAUCCUCUUCUCUGUGGAUGGAACUCCAAUUAGAGAGUUUAAGAAUUUAGAAUCAAAUGGGGUUCCUUACCCAAACAAACAAUUAAUGCAAAUCUACUCUAGUAUUUGGGAUGGCAAUGAUUGGGCGACUCAAGGUGGGCGUGUCAAGAUUGAUUGGAGCAAAGCACCAUUCACAGCUUCCUAUAGGAACUUCACUACAUAUGCUUGUGUUCAGCCUAAUGGUACUUUUUGCAGUUCCAAUUCUUCCUUUUCUACAUCAAACAACAACACAUGGUAUUAUUCACAGCAAUUGGAUUCAGCAAGUCAGGCUAAGUUGAAAUGGGUGCAGGAUAAUUACAUGAUCUACAACUAUUGUACUGAUACAAAAAGAUUUCCAAAUGGAACUUUCCCUUAUGAAUGUACUGUCACCAACUAAUUGUAGAAAGAUAAGAAGACUCCAUAAGAACAAGAACAAAAG